UCAGUCACGUGCACUCAGGAAGCUAUAACGAUGUCUUGAUGAAUCAUACGAUGCUGGAAUACAUGACGACAGGGUGGCUGAGGAUUUCAAAAUCCACGCGGUUCAGUUUCGACCGGCACUUGCUCUUCUUCGAGGUCCAGAGAUUCAAAGAAGGUGAAGUAUCGUGGAUGAACCUUAUCAGGGAGCCAAUAGAGAGAUUUGUCAGCAAGUUCUACUACACACAAGAAUUCCAAGGUGCCACGAAGGUGAAGAGUCUGGAGGAUUGUUUAAGAGGCGCUGACCGUUCUCAGUGCUUGCCGGCCGACAGAAAUAUUACAAUAUCGCAGAUUUCCUACUUUUGCGGACAGGAGCCGCAAUGCAUGGUUUUCGGGGACAAAUGGGGCCUGCAGAAGGCAAAGGCUAACGUCGAGGCAUUCUUCAGCGUCGUGGGAAUCCUGGAGGAUCUGCCGACUACCUUUCAGGUCCUACAGAAUGUCCUGCCAGAUUUCUUCACGAAUUAUGAGUUCACUUUCCAUGGAACGGGUAGGAUCGUAGAGAACCGACGAUCGGAAAAGUUCAGGCAGCCUAUUUCCAACGCCACCAAGAUGUUCCUGAAGGACUACUUAAGAGAAGAAAUAGAAUUCUACGAAUAUAUCAAACGCCGACUGUACGUUCAGGCCAAGAUGAUCACGUCAGCAGCAGCAGACAAUGCAUAUUGAUUUACUUGAAUGCAACGGAUCAGGCGAUAUCACUACAGCAAGAACUUUCUUUGGUGUUUUAAUUACCAGUUUGCGUCCGUAGAUACGGUGAAACUUUAAACGGAAAAAUGCGUAGUCUAUCAAUUGAGAGGAUUUAACAGACUCUCAAGCAGGGUUUGAACUCGCGUCUUCCGAGAUGCAAGCACACAGCUUGGAGAAAGUUGAAGAAAUUGAUGGAGCUUUGUUUUACACUUGUAUUAUAACUGUGAAAUCACAGGACUUGACUACUGUAACAGUCUUAAUAAUGGUAUGGCCACAAUAUUGGCAGGAGAAGCUGAAAGGUUCAAUCAACAAAACAGCCGAAUUAAUAUUAAUGAAUAAAAUCCCAUUGGGGAUAGGGUGACUCUCACCCAUAUUGAACUUGACUGGCUACACAUCGAAGCAAGAACUGAAUCUGAAAACAAAUUUGACUUACAUUACGAUAAAGAGUUAUACACAGGAAUAUGUCAAAGACCUCCAACUAAAUUAUACUAUCGAGAGCUUAAAUACAUAUAGGAACAAGGACAAAUGUAUCUCAAUGGAACUAAGACGUUAUAAUGAAAUUGGAAAAGGGAUUUUUAAUUAGUUGCCCCAAGAACCUACAAGAUGCGAAAAUGCAGUACAGAAAUUUAAGAAUAAAUUUAACACUUGUCUAUUCAAAAACACGGAAUAUCCAACACUUAAACAAUAUAAAUUGUAACAGUGUCAUAUGGGGUCUGUUUGAGGGACAAAAUUAGUGUCGAAAGAGGGU